UUUACUUAUUUAUACAUUUCGACUUCAACUUUCUUCGACUUUACGCCAUGGGUUCUCGCCAGACAGCGAAAGAAUUGGCUGGGAAUUUGACAGAAGUCGUUAUUCAGACGUUCUCUGAUCGCAUUCUUGUUCUUGUAACUCAGCUCGGGAAAAUAGGAAAUCUGAUUCAAGCGACGCUGCCACCGACUACGUCCUUAGUAGCAGCACCAGCCAUUGAUCCUGCAGAUCCUAUUGCAAUAUCUCUUCCUCCGCCACCUCCCGCCAUCCAGUUAACGCCGUUACUGGGUAAUGCCCCGUCCGAACAUCUACAAACCCUUCAUAACCUCUUCGCAUCACAAAUCGCAACCUUGGUGUGGGCGGCCGAAGAAGAGUCGAUAAUACGGCCAUCCCGUCAAAGCGUCAUCGUCGGGAUCGCCCUGCAGAAAUCCGAUGUAAAUGAAGGGGUGGGACUGAGUGACACGGAACGAGCUACCUUUUUAGGCGUUAUGGAUAUGGUCCAACGAUUGCUGGUACAAAAACUAUGAUGACUAACUUAUACAAUAUCAAGGCUCGCGCCACUCUCAUUGUGCAGAAUCUUGACUGCCUCAGAGAGCCCUGAACAGUGUAAUUGUCCCAUAAAUGUAACACUUGGAUGAUAUCAUUACUAUCUAAGAUACAUGUAUUGAAU